AGUUCUGUUAUGAUAUGUAGGGUGUGAUAUGUACUGUGAAAUUGACUCGUGCUAUACGUUCUAUAUAUUACAUAAUAUAUGGAUAUAAUCCGUAAAAGAGAGACGAAUUAGUUUUGUCUCGAAUAAAACAUCUGUAAAAAUGAUCGCUAGUAGAGUAAUUGUUCGAUCAUUUUCAUCCUCUUCUACCGUACAACAAUUGGUGAAGCCACCAGUACAAUUAUUCGGUUUAGAAGGAAGAUAUGCUACUGCGCUUUUCUCUGCUGGAAGCAAACAAAAAUCACUUGACAAGAUCGAACAAGAUAUAGAUAAAUUACAGGGUUUGAUGAAGACAGAUGUUAAAUUAGCAGAAUUUAUAAAUGAUCCUACAAUAAAGCGUAAAUUUAAGGCCGAUGCACUUCAGGCUAUUGGAAGCAAGAUAACUCUUAAUCCAGCUACUUUGAAUUUGUUAAUUUUAUUAGCAGAGAAUGGUAGACUUGCAAAAUUUAAUCAAAUUUCUAAUUCAUAUAAAAUUAUUAUGGCUGCGAAUAGAGGAGAAGUAGUUUGUGAAGUAACUACUGCAAAAGCAUUAGAUGCUGAAACUAAAGGUAAAUUAGAAUCGGCUCUAAAAUCUUUCCUCAAAAAAGGUGAGACUAUUAAACUUACUUCCAAAGUCGAUUCAUCGAUCAUCGGUGGAAUGAUCGUAUCUAUCGGUGAUAAGUAUGUAGAUAUGAGUGUUGCUAGUAAGAUUAAAAAAUAUUCAGACAUUAUUCAGACUGCAGUUUAAACGUUUUUUACUUAUUAUUCGCAACAAAGUAAGAAACCGUAAAUCCAAUUUAGGAGAAUACCAAUGUAAUGUAAAUAAUUGAAAAAUAAAUACAUAUAAAUCAAAAAUUAAAACGUUUUAAAAAUAAUUCAUUUUAGAAAUUAAUAAUCAUAUUAUGUCUGGUUUAUUACAUUUUAUAUAACACUUGUAUUUUUAUCAUUUGUAACAGUAUCUUGUUUACAUGCUUACAGAUAUUUUUGCUUUUUUUUUUACAUGUAAUCAUAAUGAUAUUUAAAUUCAUUAAUAUAAUUAUUGCCAAUAUUUUUUUUUUAGAAAAUAAUCACAAGCAAUAGUUUAAAAUAAUUAAUAAUCAGUGUUAUACACAAUGAUAUUUUUCUUAAAAUGAAAAAUUGUAUUAUAAUCGUACAGAUGAUAAUUUGAUAAAAACUCAAAAGAGUAGAGUAUUAUAGCUAAGUACGUGAAUAGUAAAAUACAACGUAAAAAUUACUGAAAUAUAAUACAUACAUACAAAAUGUUAUGUGCUUAAUCUUUAAUAAUAAAAUACUAUAAAAUAAUUCUAUAUAAAGUGAGGAGAUUGAAAGAAUUGAUUAAGAAGAUUUGAAAUUUAGGACUAGAUCAUAAGUUUAAAACUUAAACAUUAAAUUAAAUAAGUAUAUAUAAUACAUUAUUACAAAAAAAAAAAGAAAAAAAAACAAAAGAAACAAUUUGUCUGUAAUUAUACCGUGUUUGUCAUGUAUACAAAAUAAGUGACUUCCUUAUCCUUGAUCUAUUAUAAAUGCAAAGUUGUAUACAAGGAGGUCGCAUUAUUUAAAAAUUAAUUUUGCAAAAUAAUUAAAAAAUAAAUCCUUUCACGAAUUUUUUUUAUCCAUAUUAAUCAAUAUUAUUUUACAAUUUGGGAUGUGUUUUAAUCACAACCCAGUCUUCAUCUUCAAGAAUGGCCGAUGCUAUCACUUCUUCUGAUAAUACUGAAAUAAUAAUAAGUAUUCAAAAUAAAUAAAUGUAAUGUUCUUUUUUUUUGAUAUUAUAAAAUAAUAAUAAAAAUUUUAUAGUCCAUAUAAUAGACAAUUGAAUUAAUAAGAAAUCAAUGACAUUUACCUGUGAAUUGAGCUUCAAGAUCAGAGUGGUUUGUUCCUUCUGAAUGAUGUGGAGUAUCUUGUAAAUCUUCCAAAGUAAUUAAUUCUCGAUCCUUUAAUUUACUUUGUAAUAGUUCUUUCCUACAUUCUUCAAGAUCCUCCAACUUUUUUAACUCUGUUUGAUAGCUGGCUUCAUCAUCCCCUGAUUCAGUCAGUGUUUGAUCACUGUCUUGAUUAUCUUCACCCUUUUCAUAAAUGUUUAAUUCUGUAGAAAAAUUAUAAGAUUCUGAUAGGCAUAUAACACGUGAAUCAGUAUCAAUGAGAUUAUUAAAAUUAUUAGUGUCAAUUCCUUUAUCAGUAGUAUCAGUGUCCUUUUUAUAUUUAUAUAAAUCAAGAUCAAGAAUAUCUGCUAAUAAUUUCUCUUUAUUCUCAACGUCUCGUUGAAUUGAUUCCAGAUUUCGUUUGGAUGUUAACAUAAACUCAUCAUCAAUGCUUGUUGACAGAUAUGAAGAAUAUGUUAUCUUGCUUUGUACUUCAUUUUUAGUAGAACAAGAUGCUUUAUAAAUCUCGUUACAAGGGAAUACUUGAGGUUUAUCUCUAUUUUGUGACUUGCUACGUAAUUUUUUAUUUUUUUUUUCUGGCGUGAAAACAACAUCUUCAAAUUCUUGUUGACUAAUCUUAUCGAAUAUUUGUCUUCUUAAAUUUUGUUUUUCAUCUUCUUUUUUUUUAGCUGCUUCCUCAUCUUUUGCUGUUUUAUUAAUAUCCACUAGUAAUCUUGUAUCCAAGUCUAUUGGAAUGACACGUGGUAUUUCCAUAGCUUCUUCCGCAUCUGCUAUAAGAUUUGUUUCUGUACCAGUGUUAAUAUUUGAUGUAAUACUGAAACAUAAUUCAUCUCUCAGUUAAACUAUUGAUUAUUGUUUAUAUAGAAAGGAAAUAAUUUAUAAAAAUAAUGAAGCGGAAAAUUUACCUCACAGAUUGAAUUAUAUUAGUUGGAUUAAUUUUAUGGAAUGGAAUAGCUGGCAUAAUGGUAGUUUCUCUAAGUUUAUUAGUAAGUUCCAUUAUACCGGCAGUAACUGACUUACUUAAUUCGGGAAAAGGUGAUGUGGAAUCUAUUGCAUUGGGAAAUAUUAUGAAAAAAUUUUUACAGUAAACAAAAUUAUAAAUUCAAUAUAGCAAUCAUAUAAUUAUAACUAAUGAUAACACUUUACCUUUAAAUGUACUAGUAUCGGGAAAGUAUGCAAUACGUAUAAUGUUUCUGUCUCCUUCCAAAAUAAAUAUUUCAUCCUUAGUACAAGCGACGUCAGUAAUUCGACGUACGUCCGUUACAACAGAUGUUAUAGCAAUGGUACGUGGAUUUACGACAUAUAUUAUAUCAUCGCUAUAUGUUAAUAAUAAAUCUUCACAAAAUGGCAACAUUAUGCCAAAUGUUGGCUCUCCACGGUUUCUCUUUGCACUUUCUGGAGCAGGAUUUAAUAAUUUUACCUCUGUGUGGACAGACCUAAUUGCAUCCUUUCAAACAAACUUUAAAUUACUAUAAAAAUUAAUAACAAUGAGAAAAAAGCUCAAUGAUAAUUAUUGUAAUUAUAAAAAUAUAUGAUCGUGAAUAAUGUU